CGAGCAGAUGCGGCUGGAGGCGCGCGGGAGCCGGGCGCGAGCAGGGCGCAGCCGCGAGAGAGGCGCGGGGGAGGCCAUCGGGAAUCUGGGCGCCAGCAGCAGCUUGUGUCGGCCAAGAGCAGCCGGGAGCAAACGGAGCCGCAGUCGCGAUGGCCGUGGCUGUGGGGAGACCGAGUAAUGAAGAACUUCGGAACUUAUCACUUUCUGGCCAUGUUGGAUUUGACAGUCUCCCUGACCAGCUGGUUAACAAAUCUACUUCUCAAGGGUUCUGUUUCAACAUCCUGUGUGUGGGUGAGACGGGUAUUGGCAAAUCCACAUUGAUGGACACUUUAUUCAACACCAAAUUUGAAAGUGACCCAGCUACUCACAAUGAGCCAGGUGUCCGGUUAAAAGCCAGAAGUUACGAACUUCAGGAGAGCAAUGUACGGCUGAAGCUAACCAUUGUCGACACCGUGGGAUUUGGAGACCAGAUUAAUAAAGAUGACAGCUAUAAGCCUAUAGUGGAGUAUAUUGAUGCCCAGUUUGAGGCCUACUUGCAAGAGGAAUUGAAAAUUAAACGUUCUCUCUUCAAUUACCAUGACACGAGGAUCCACGCCUGCCUUUAUUUCAUCGCCCCCACAGGACAUUCCCUCAAGUCCUUGGAUCUGGUCACCAUGAAGAAGCUAGACAGCAAGGUGAACAUCAUCCCAAUAAUUGCAAAAGCUGACACCAUUGCCAAGAAUGAAUUGCACAAAUUUAAGAGUAAGAUCAUGAGUGAACUGGUCAGCAAUGGAGUCCAGAUAUAUCAGUUCCCCACAGAUGAGGAAACGGUGGCCGAGAUUAAUGCAACGAUGAGUGUUCAUCUCCCCUUCGCAGUGGUUGGCAGCACUGAAGAGGUCAAAAUUGGCAACAAGAUGGCCAAGGCCAGGCAGUACCCCUGGGGUGUGGUUCAGGUUGAAAAUGAAAACCACUGCGAUUUUGUGAAGCUGAGGGAGAUGCUGAUCCGUGUGAACAUGGAGGACUUACGAGAGCAGACACACACUCGUCACUAUGAGUUGUAUCGGCGCUGUAAACUUGAGGAGAUGGGCUUCAAGGACACCGACCCCGACAGCAAGCCCUUCAGUCUUCAAGAGACGUAUGAAGCAAAAAGGAAUGAGUUCCUGGGAGAGCUUCAGAAGAAAGAAGAGGAGAUGAGGCAGAUGUUUGUCAUGAGAGUGAAGGAGAAAGAAGCAGAGCUUAAAGAGGCGGAGAAAGAGCUUCAUGAGAAGUUUGACCUCCUGAAGCGGACACACCAAGAGGAGAAGAAAAAGGUGGAAGACAAGAAGAAGGAUUUUGAGGAGGAGGUGAACAACUUCCAGAAGAAGAAGGCAGCGGCUCAGCUCCUGCAGUCCCAGGCCCAGCAGUCCGGGGCCCAGCAAACCAAGAAGGACAAGGAUAAGAAAAAUGCAAGCUUCACAUAAAGCCGGCCAAGCCAAGGACAUUCCCGCAUUCACCUGCUUUGGCAGUAAUAGCGCAUCUCUGUCGUCUGUGCCGUUUGAUUUUGUGUUGCACCCUUCCCUACGUACCAGUAACCCUUAGCUCAUUUUGCUGAAUGUUGUCGGGGGUAGCAAACCAUAGAACAAGGGGAUAAACAGCAAACGCUCGUGCAGCUGGACUUUGUUCCUGGAAAGUCGAUGAUUUGCCUUGUAUGCCUGUCCCAAGUGGCAGCAGGAAGCAUGUCUUAUCACUUCUGUGUCGCUUUGGACCAAGCAGAGUGGUCCUGUACGCCUGAUAUGAAAACUCACCGCCUCAGCGGCUAAACUAAAACCCUAAGUAGCCAUGACAGCAACUUGCAUUUUCUUGAUUAUUCAUCUCGUGCUCGCACAGCCCCCGGAUUCACUGUCCCUUCUUCACAAGCCAAAGGUGGGCUUGAAAGUAUGCAGAAUGUUGAGUCGACAUCAUAGACAGCUUUUUCACUUGUAUGACCUUUUCUUUUAAUCACUUGGUUAUUUGGGCCUGAGCUUGUGGUCUGCUCAGACCCUUUAAGGAUGGAGUCUACAUCUCUCUGAAUGCCUACUCUAAAGCUUUGCAGAGCUGCUCUGGACUGGUGUAAGAAACAUGGUUGUGUUCGCCUCCACCAAGGAGUCCCUGACGGCUUUCACAGGUCCAGAUCUCAAAGACCAGCUCAUUAACUGUUGCUUAGCUAAAGAGUCUUCCACUGUAAGUGGAUUCCCACUUACAGUGAGGGGAUUUACCCCAUUCCUGCCCUCUAGCCCCUCCCCACACACCUGCAUUAGCUUUAAGUAGGCUGAGGGGUGACCUGGAGGUUGAUUCCGGGACAUGUAUGGCUACUCCUAAUAGAAAUUUUCACGAACUGCAAUGAAAAAAACCUGCCAUAAAUACUUCAGAUAGAAAAUUUGCUAUACGCUGUAUUUCCUGUAGCACAAAUCUGAAAGAUGUCCUCACUGAAGGGAGGACAGGAGUGAGCACAGCGCACCAUUACUCGAAGUAGAGAGUGAGGAGGCUGGCUGUCAGUCGGCUUCACUUGGGCUCCUGGCUCUUGUUGAGACCCAGUUGUCGCUAAGGAAUUUUUCUUACUCUCCUCACUGUGACUGGUUCUGUCUGCUCUGUCUCUUGGGGUCAUCAGUCUCCUUGCCUCCCCUGGGACAGCGCUAACUCAUGUGCCAGGACAUGUCCCAUCUGCUUGCUGUGUGAGGGGGGAGAAGGACACAUUCUCUCUCCUGUCCACUUUUCCUUCUUGUCAUCUGCUUGGCUGCCCCCUGGCUUCUCCUCCUGUCCUAACGUUUCUCAUGAACCCAGUCCUCCUCCUGGACAUUUCCCUCUAACAUCGUGAGUUACACGUGAAAGGGAUAAAACAUACUGCAUCUAUCUCCCUUCUGUGACACAUGCUUAAAAAAAAAAAAAAAGGGUCCAGCUAGUCCCUAUCUGAUCCCAGCCAAUUUUGUAUUGUCUCCUUUUCUUAACCUCCCAGUCAUAAGAAGAAAGCACUGGUCUUUCAUAAACUGAUUUUAGACUUCCUUAGGCAAAGUAAGGAAAUUGGCUUCGCCGGGGUGCAGACCAGGCUGGGACAGAAACCACAGAGCAGCUGCUGUAGUAAGUAGCAGCAACCACCUCCCGGCAUCUUCACUUGGAGGAGGAGCUCUUAGGCAGACACCGGCUUUGCUUCCGUUUCUCUGGCUAGCUGUGGAGCAGCAGGCUCUAAUGGCAUGUUCACUAACCAGGGCUGCAUUUGCUUCUAUGCUGGGCACCACACAAGAGCUUGGGUAUUUGUGUGUUGUAUGCUUGUUUCAGCCACUGCUUGUGUGAGCAUUUUUAUUUUUAUUUUUAUUUUUUUGUGCCUUGUAAUAGAAAAUAACCCUUUGCAUUUGAUUUCUCACAUCCCUAAAAGCUUUUUAAGAUAAGCUCAGCAAACUUAAAAAAAAAAAAAAAAAAAAAAAAUCAUCCAGUUGCCUUUUUGAUGCCAAGAUUACUGAUUGAUUCCCUCCCCCCACAGUAAAAUAAAUCCUAUGGAGAGUCAGGGAAUAAUAAAAAGCCAAGAGAAUCCUAAAAAAAAAGCUUUAAAAAACAAGAACAACCUGUAUUGCUUCUAAAACUGAUUCCUCCCACUGCUCUCAAGACCCCUGUAGUUUGUUAUUGCUGCUCUUUUCUUUUGGUAUCUAUGCCUUUCUUCACAGUAGUCCCUGGCUCUGCACGGAAUAAACGAUACUCUCAAAUCUAAUGGGAUGUGCUUUCGGCCUUUGCAUGUAAGUACAGGAGUAAGAACUCUGAGAUCUUUCUGUUUCUUUCGGAUUAGGAAAAUGAAUGGGGCAGAUGAGAUUUUCUUUUGGAAGGGGUCCUGAAGGUACAGUCUGAGUGCCCCCUCCCCCCCAAAGCUAAGUAAUCUCUGCUGCCACAUUUAUGUUUUGCCCCAUGGUUUAUGCUUCCUCUUGCUCUCGGUGGAAGUAAAGUACUGGUUACUGAUUGCAGCCAUUGUUCUGCAUAACACCAUGUGGUGGGCCUUUGACUCUGACAAUGGCAGAGAGCAACUCCCACUGUCCACUGGACAGGAAUCUGGAAAACUGUUUCUGUGGCCUUUCUGAUCCCUCAGAGUCUGGGUCCUAGUCUAAUGGCCUCUCCUUUGUACUAAAUGCACAGUGGCCACGUCCUUUUAUUUUUUGUCAGGCAUCUUUGGCCUCUCCCUAAGCGUCUUUUGCUCCUUCUGGACCAUGCUCCCUGUAACAGUUUCCUCCAUGCUUCAGCAAAUGGCCAGCAUGAGAAUUGAGUGGCAGUUCAGGACUGGCUCCCUAGCUGGGGCUUUGUAGUAAUUGGUCCAAAGGGGCAUCUCUCAGACAGGGGAACCGUUCAACUUGAUUUGGGGUUUCUCGUUUCCUCCUUCUCUACUUUGUAACUCACCAGCAACAGCUCUUGCCUCCUCUCUAUCCUGUGCUCCUCUGAUGGGUAGACUUGGCCCGUCUCACUUUCCUGACACACCCCUAAGUGUUCCGCAGAGUCAGUGUUGAGUUGCCCCAUGCCUACCCCUCAUCCGCAUCAUACUGUCUCUGUGUGGUCCAUCUGAAUCCCGUGGCUUUGCUAUUCACAAGUGUGGAUUUGUCAGGUGUCAGUUUCCAAAAAAUCCUAGUUCCAUUGACCGGACACUUCUUAUGGGGUUGUUAGCUGAAUUACGACCUACAGAGUCUAGUUUGUAUGUAGGUAUGAAGGGAAUUUUUAAAAAUAAAUUGAAAAUUAAGCUGUGAACAGCAUUAGAACUUUUGUCUAUUUCUUGAUUUGAAAAUAUGCUGAUAUGCCUUAAACUGUAGUUGUAGAACUGUCAUUUUUGCUGUUUGAAGAUAACUAAUGUUUUCUAAACUUGUUGUGUAAUCCUUCAGUGUUAAUGCAGAAUUGUCAUGUAUGUAAGCUGCAUGUUAGACACUUGUCUUUUUUUAAGAACUAAAAUAAUUGUAUUGUGAAGCAUUUCCUUCUGACAAGUAUGAAGUGCUGACUCAGCAGCCUGCUGAGUAUCGCCAGUGUCUGUUAACAUGGUGUGGUGACGGGUGACCUAUGCAUAUAUCACUAGUGCCAAGACCUAAAGCGGGGAAAUAUAUUUUUACCCAACCGUU